AUGGCAGAGAAAAACUGUACCGGGGUGUCCCAGUUCAUUCUCAUCGGACUCUCAGAUCACUCAGACAUGCAGCGCACCUUCUUUGUGUUGUUCCUAGUAAUCUAUGUUAUCACUCUCCUGUGGAAUUUUGGGAUCAUCAUGCUGAUCAGGACUGAUUCUCAGCUUCAUACCCCCAUGUACUUCUUCCUGUGUAACCUAUCUGUAGUUGAUAUCUGCUAUUCAUCUGUUGUGACUCCCAAGAUGCUGAUGAACUUCUUGUCAAACAGCAAAGACAAUUCUUACGUUGGAUGUUUUGUGCAAAUGUAUUUUUUCAUUGCCUGGGUGUGCACAGAGUGCUUCCUUCUAUCCACAAUGGCGUAUGACCGCUACGUGGCCAUUUGUAAUCCACUACUGUACUCAGCAAUUAUGUCCCAUAAAACCUGUGUUCCAUUGGUUGCUGGAUCCUAUUUCAUUGGCUUCACAAAUGCUUUGAUUACUCUGUGUUUUAUUACCAGAUUAUCAUAUUGUGGACCCAACAUCAUCAGGCAUUUCUUCUGUGAUACCCCUCCAUUACUAGCCCUUUCCUCCUCUGAUAGCUCCCGUGCUGAAAUUAUUAUCUGUAUUUUAGCUAGUUUUACCUCUAUUGGCUCCCUCAGCAUCAUCCUCUUCUCUUACCUGUACAUCCUGGCUGCUAUCCUGAGGAUCCACUCCACUAAAGGUAGACUCAAAGCCUUUAACACCUGCACCUCUCACUUGAUGGCUGUGACUGUAUUUUAUGGGACUGUAAUCUUUACAUACUUACGCCCUAAUACAAGUUACUUGCCAGAGCAAGACCAGGUGGCAUCCGUGUUCUAUACAGUAGUGAUUCCCAUGCUGAACCCCUUGAUUUAUAGUAUGAAGAAUAAAGAAGUUAAGAAUGCCAUGAAAAGAUUAGUAAGAGGGAAAGUAUUUUCAAGGUGA